UUGUCUCAGAUGGGCCUGACGUUAGAUUAGCUCAACUUCAGGUUACUUCAGCAAUUUUGUUAUGGCUCGUCCUAAUUGUUGGUGGGUCUGGCGUGUGGCUGUUGAGGCGCUAACUUAUAGCUAAUUGUUUUCUGGUACAAUUUAUUAACCAACGUUCAUUUUGCAUUACUGAUAAAACCAAAGGCUAAUGUUGCAGUUAAAUAUUUGUGCAGUCCAAAAUGUUUGGCCUAACUAGCUUGGCACACACCAACAAGUUAGCAGUAGUACGUUAUAGUUAGCCAGGAUCCAUGCUAGCAUUUCCUUUUCCUUUUUUUUCCUUUUUUUUUUUUUAGUUUAAAGUGUCUACUAUAUUUUAAUUGUCAGACAUCUUUAUUCAUAUCAAGCUAACUUGAUAUACGUUUUUAUUUCACAAUGUGAUGUGAAACCUGGCCGGAACUUGUAAAAUUUACUGUUUCCAUUACAUGAAUGGAGGUUGUAGAGUGAUUAUGUUUAUAUUUCAGUGAAUCAGUGCUGUGAGAUGCUGUAUGUGAGAGAGGAUUCACUUCCGAUUUAAAUGUUGUUUCAGCAGCCAGCUUGAACUAGCAUGGAUAUUGAUGACUGCAAUGGCCGGUCUUACAUAUCAGCUAGUGGAGACUCUUCAAUGGAAAGAGACUUUUCAGGGGCCCUUGGUGGUCCAACAGUGAGCACCCCAAACAGCAAGGAGAACUCUCCCAGUCGCUCGCUCAGUGCUAACUCCAUUAAGGUGGAGCUGUACAGUGAUGAAGACCCAGGUCGCAGUACUGAAGAUGAAAGAGGGGAGCGGGUAGAGGAAGGAGGAGCAGAGCAGAGAUCUGAGGUUGUUGGAGGCUACAGGGAGCUCAACCCGGAAACCAUGCCAUCUGGUGCCACCAGACUACCAAAUGGAAAGCUCAAGUGUGACAUCUGUGGAAUGAUCUGCAUUGGACCUAAUGUUCUCAUGGUGCACAAACGCAGCCAUACAGGUGAGCGACCAUUUCAGUGUAAUCAGUGCGGUGCCUCAUUUACACAAAAGGGUAACUUGCUUCGCCACAUCAAGCUGCACUCAGGGGAGAAGCCCUUUAAAUGUCCCUUCUGCAGCUAUGCCUGUCGAAGACGAGAUGCACUCACUGGCCAUCUUCGCACUCAUUCAGUGUCCUCUCCAACUGUAGGGAAGCCAUAUAAGUGUAAUUACUGUGGCCGUAGUUACAAGCAGCAGAGCACACUUGAGGAGCACCGUGAGCGCUGCCACAGCUACUUACAGAGUCUGGAGUCACAGCAGCCACCCAGUGUGCAGAAUUCAGGGCAGAAGCACAUACGUCUCAGCCUUGCAGAUGGACCUUAUGAGCUCACUGCUGGUUUGGAUAAAGAUGGGGAUAUGCAUACAGGAGACCUUGAAGGUCCGCACUUUACUGGUCUGGGAGGAGAAUACACAGGUGUAGUAGGUAAUGGAGGAGGAGGGGUAUCAGACACAAUGAGGCCCCUACACCUUCCCACCACUCACCCUUCAUGUUUGUCAGAACUCAGGUCAGUCCACAGCUCCACUCACCAUCCCAUUGCUCUUGGCCCAAGGUUGGAUUGCACAGGGACAGGAGCUGGUCUGGGUGCUGGGGCUGUUGGUGGAAGGGAGGCAGCAGAGGGUCACGAAGACCUGCCUGCUGGUCGAAGUCACGCACCCUCACCGAGCAAUGGUUGCCAGGACUCGACAGACACUGAAAGCAUGCCAGAUGAGCCGUGCAACAGUACUGCUCCGACUCCGACCUUGCACAGUAACAACGGCCAUCACCUCCUUCACUCCAACAACCAUCACUCAGCACCUGCUCCCAUUUCACAUCACAGGAGUCGGGACCGACACAGCCCCGGCCAUGCCAAAGACCGAGAAGUAGAAAGAGAUGAUGUAGGCCAUUCUGUCCUCCCACCUCCUGCUAUUGCUCCUACACCCAGCUCACCUACAGCACCCUCCUCCACCUCCAGAGAGGCUUUUCGAGUUGUUGAUGGGGAAGGUCGGGCCGUGCGUUCUUUCCGCUGCGAGCACUGUCGCGUGCUUUUCUUAGACCACGUCAUGUUUACCAUUCACAUGGGCUGCCAUGGUUUUCGCCAGCCUUUUGAGUGUAACAUCUGUGGCCAUCGCAGCCAGGACCGCUAUGAAUUUUCUUCACACAUUGUCCGUGGAGAGCACAUCCUUGACUGAGGAUAAAAGAUGGACAACCUGCUUUGCCUAGAGCUUUUUAACACUGAGACGAGGACCUGACUGGGUUUGGUCUGCACAUGUGUUAAAGAGGUCACUGAUGGCAUGAAACUGAUUAUUGCAAACAGGCACAGUUUGCAUGUGUCAUCAUUAACGAAAAGCUAAUUUAUAUGACCCCAAAAUUCAAUGCACUUUAACAACAAAUGCAUUUUUAAUUAAAUGUGUUUUAAAGUAGAGGAAGAGCCAAAGCAUUUUUUCAUCUAGACAUGCCUUGCUCCAGAACUCUGGGUUCAAACCCAGUGCACAUAUUAUAGUAGGUGAGUCAGACUUUUGUCCAUAACAUGAAGUUCCCUUUUUGAGCACUUUAACAGAGAUUAUAUCAAAAACCAAAUAUGAUGUUUAUAGAUUUUCCUGCGAUGGAAUCUGUACAGAUGUUAAUGCCUUGUUCUAAAAGCACCACAUGCAAUGAAAUGAUUCCCUUACAAACCUUACUUUUGACAAAGUUGUUUCCAUUGUGGACAAUUAAUUGCAUUUCACAGUGUGAAUAAAAGUGCAGACCAAACUCAGAAACCAGGUCGAAGUCAAUUAGAAGUUGGGGGGACUGUCUGUGAAUUGGAAAUGCACUUUGGUUUUUAACAGGGGGUCAAAUGAACAGAUCUAAUUGUGUGUGUGUGUUAUUGUUUGUGUGUGAUCCGAGGAGACCUUGUGUUCUUUGGAAGCAAACUAAAUAGGUAAAGUGUAAAAUGAAGGUCUUUAUUUGUGUUAAAGCCGUGCAGGGCGGUGAAUUGUUUGUUUUUCUUUUCUAUGACUGCUUCUGUUGCACUGAUACCUGCCAGAAUAUUCUGAUUAUAUUAAACCAUUUUCUAGAAGACA